UGCCCGCCGCUAAUAAAAUCACUGGAUAAUAAAAUCAGCCGCUUUAUAAAAUCAAAUCGGCAAGAACCGAAUCGUUACAAUAUUAAUACAUGUUAAAAACAUCCUUUAAUAAAAUCAACACCGCCGCUUUUUAAAAUCAAAAUUUUGACUACAUAAUAAAUCAAAAGUGCGAUAUUUCAGCUUCUUUUGUCCUUAUUUAUAAAAUUUUAAUUUUUCGAAGUUUAAAGACUUUUUUAGAAGAAGCAAUAGUUACUCACAAGCCUGUGAAACUGGUGUGGUUAGCACUUUCCUGCGAUAUUCAUAGUGUAAGAGUUAAGGAAAAAUGUGGGUGGUAAGCGGCGAGUUCAUAGAAAUCAAUUUAACAGUGUCAAUUCCUUGACUUGAAUGAAGUUUGGAGAAACCCAUCUCAUUCAACAGGGGGUCGAAGGGGUUGAAUUCUUAUCUUACUUUUUAUUGAAUGAACCAUAGAAGGGAGAGAAAGAAGUUUCUUUUGUUAUCUAUCUUAACAGAGAACAUGAAUAGAUUUCCAAAAACUGUCUGUGCGCAUGUUCCAUAUUAUUUAGGCGAGGCCAUUUGAGUAAAUUAUAGUUAGAGCACAUAUCAUUUUUAAGUUCGUUUGGUGCUAAAUUUUAUCAGCAUGCCGAAAAGGAAGGAUUUGAGUCUUAAAGAUAAAUUCGAAGUGUUGCAAAACUAUGAUAAGCUUCCUAAAUGUAGUCAACGUGAAGCUGCAAUUAAAUUAGGGAUUUCCCAAACUGCUCUUUUCAACAUUCUGAAACAAAGGAUAAAUAUUUCUGAGGAAAUAAAAAAGAAUGGAAAUCUGUCAAGAAAGCGUAAGCGUGAAGGAAAAUCGGAGGAAAUUGAAAUGGCUCUGUUAGAAUGGUUCAAAAAUGCACGCGAACGAAGAAUUCCAAUUUCCCGUGGAAUUUUAUUUCACAAAGCACAGGACUUUGCUAACUUAUUUGGUGAUUCUGAUUUUAAAGCUACAGAUGGGUGGCUAACCCGAUGGAAAGAACGCAACAACAUUGUCUAUCGUAAAUUGCAUGGUGAAAAGCAAGAUGCUGAUUUUAGCUCUGCCGCCGAUUGGGUAAACGACGUGUGGCCAACACUCAUCAAAGACUAUAAACCAGAGCAAAUUUUCAACACAGAUGAAACAGGAUUAUUUUUCCGAGCACUUCCUGAACACACACUGCUGUUUAAAAAUGAAUCGACUGGUGGAUGUAAAAAAAUGAAGGAAAGACUAACCGUGCUGCUAACAUGCAACAUGACAGGAACUGUGAAAAAAAAUCCUUUAGUGAUAGGAAAGAGUUUAAAACCUCGAUGUUUUAAAGGAGUAAAACACCUGCCCACCAGUUAUGCCAACAGCUAUAACGCAUGGAUGACAUCCAGCAUCUUCACAAAAUUUCUUCUUGAAUGGGACAAGGAGCUGAAAAAUGAAAAGGUCGUUUUACUUUUAGACAAUUGUUCUGCGCACCCUGCUGAUGAGGACUUGAGUUUGAAAAACAUUAAAUUAGUGUUUUUGCCACCCAACACUACAGCUAUUAUUCAACCCCUUGAUCAGGGAAUCAUAAGNAGGUUGUAUAAAAUCUAG